AUGCGGCUGUCGCUGGUGUUGUCGGUGCUGCGGCCCGCCGGGCCCGUCGCCAUCGGCGUCUCGCUGGGCUUCACCCUCAGCCUGCUCAGCGUCACUUGGGUGGAGGAACCCUGCGGGCCGCCGCCGCGCCCCGCCACCCGCCCGCACCCCGACGGCGGCCCCGCGCCGCCCCCCGGCCCCGCCAACGGCAACGCGGCGCGCAGGCCCAACGCCGUGCCCGCCGCGCUGGGCGCUGACAACUGGGAGCCCCGCGUCGUGCCCUACCGCCCACCCAGCCCCGGCAGGGCCGCCAAGAAGGCCGUCAGGACCCGGUACAUUAGCACAGAGCUGGGGAUGCGGCAGCGGCUCUUCGUGGGUGUGCUGACCUCCAAGAGCACACUGAACACACUGGGGGUGGCUGUCAACCGCACCCUGGCCCACCGCCUGGAGCGCCUGGUGUACUUCACAGGCACACGGGGCCGCAAGGUGCCCCAUGGCAUGACGGUGGUGACGCACAGUGACGAGCGGCCCAUCUGGAACAUGUACCAGACUGUCAGGUACCUUCUGGACCACUACGUGAAUGAUUUCGACUGGUUCUUCCUGGUACAGGAUGAUACCUACACGGAGGCACACCGCAUCAGCCGCCUGGUUGCCCACCUCAGCAUUGACACCCACCUCUACCUGGGUCGUCCUGAGGAGUUCAUCGGUGGGGACACUGAGGGACGUUAUUGCUAUGGAGGGUUUGGCUACUUGCUAUCCCGCAGCCUCCUCCUGCUCCUGCAGCAGCACCUGGAGAGCUGCCGCAAUGACAUCCUCAGUGCCCGGCCUGAUGAGUGGCUGGGCCGCUGCAUCAUUGACUACACAGGUGUCAGCUGUGCUGAGGAACAUGAGGGUCUGCAUUACCACUAUUUUGAGCUGGGGAAGAACGCAGACCCUGAACGGGAGACUGACCUCCGUUUCCAGAGCGCCUUCACUGUCCACCCUGUGCUGGAUCCCCUCCAGAUGUACCGGCUGCACAAGUACUUUGCACAGGUGGAGCUUGAGAGAACCUAUCAGGAGAUCCAGCAGCUCCAGAUGGAGAUUCAGAACGCCAGCAGCCUGUCUGUGGAUGGGGACCAUGUCGCCACAUGGCCUAUUGGCAUCCCACCCCCAUUCCAGCCUAAAACCCGCUUUGAGGUGCUGCGCUGGGACUACUUCACAGAGGAGCAAGUCUAUGCCUGUGUGGAUGGCUCCCCCAAGUGUGAACUGCAUGGUGUGGAUCUGGCAGAUGUGGCCGAUGUGGUGGCCACAGCCAUGGAGGAGCUGAACCGCAAGUACCAGCCAGUGCUCCAUGUUCGCAAGCAGCAGCUGGUGAACGGGUACCGGCGCUUCGACCCCACACGUGGCAUGGAGUACACGCUGGACCUUCAGGUGGAGGUGGUCACCCAGAAGGGGCACAGCCGCUCUGUCACUAAGCGAGUGCACCUGGUGCGGCCCCUCAGUGAGGUGGAGAUCAUUCCCAUGCCAUAUGUGACAGAGGCCAGUCGCAUCAACGUCAUCCUGCCACUAACGGCCCAUGACCGGGACUACGCUGCUCACUUUCUGGAGGCUUACGCAGCAGCGGCUUUUGAGAGCAGUGAGAAUGCAGUGCUCACCUUCCUCUUCAUCUAUGACCCCUUUGAGGCCCAGCAGGUCACCCAGAAUGACAUCUUUGCCUCUGUGAAGUCCCAGAUCACUGAGUAUGAGCGCAAAUAUGCAGAGGUAAAGAUCCCCUGGAUCAGUGUUAAGACAGAUGCACCCUCCCAAAUCAAGGUCAUGGACAUUAUCUCCAAGAAGCAUCCUGUGGACACACUUUUCUUUGUGGCUGGCGUGGGGACAGAGGUCACCACUGACUUCCUUAACCGCUGCCGGAUGAACACCAUAAACAACUGGCAGGUUUUCUUCCCCAUCCACUUCCAGGGCUACAACCCAGCCAUUGCUUACCACAACCAGGUGCCACCCACCACGUUGGACCUGCUGAGGGACAUGGGGCGCUUUGACCGUGACGUCUUCCAUGAAGCCUGCUUCUACAAUGCCGACUACAUGGCAGCACGCACCCGCAUGGCAGGGGACGUUCAGGAGAAUGAGGACAUCCUGGAGACCCUGGACAUCUACGACAUGUUCAUCAAGUACUCCAAUCUCCAUGUCUUCCGGGCUGUAGAGCCUGCCCUGCUGCAGCACUACCGGCACCAGGCCUGCAACCCCCGGCUCAGUGAGGACAUCUACCACCGCUGUGUGCAGAGCAGCCUGGAGGGUGUAGGCUCUCGCUCCCAGCUGGCCAUGGUCCUUUUUGAGCAGGAGCAGGGAAACAGCACCUGAACCCUGGAUGGUGGAGGGGCUGGCCCUGCCAUGUUAUGCCUGCCUGCCCACUCCACUUCUUCUUCUGCCCAAAUCUG